AGCAUGCAAGAAUAGCUGCUUCUCCCAUUGUGCUGCCCAUGGCCCGGAUUGGCUGGCGAGUGUGGGAAACGCCACCGAGCCGCAGACCCACACGCUCGCCCCGAGCUUGGACAGUAUAAAUAUCGGGCACAGGCAGCUUCCAGCUACACGUUUCUCCUGGAUUCCACUCCAAGACCUCUCUGCUCAGGACAGAUGGCUCCCAGCACCGUUUUCUUGGAGCCCGACAACCUGCUGACACCAAAGGAGAAAAACAAACUGAGGAAGCCGGUGGUGGAGAAAAUGCGCCGGGACCGGAUUAACAGCAGCAUCGAGCAGCUGAAACUGCUCCUGGAGAAGGAGUUCCAGCGGCACCAGCCCAACUCCAAGCUGGAGAAAGCCGACAUCCUGGAGAUGACUGUCAGCUACCUGAAGCAGCAGAGUCAGCUGCAGAUGAAGACAGCAGGGUCCUUCCAUAAAAGCUCCCAGUUUGACUUCCGAGAGGGCUAUUCCAGGUGUUUGCAAGAAGCUUUCUAUUUCCUCUCUCUCCACAAAGUCCGAACUGAAACACAGACCAAACUUUUAAGCCACUUCCAGAAGAGCCAGUCAGCUGCUCCAGAGGUCUCCUUCUCCGCUGGGAAUGCCGGUGCCCUGAAACAAGUGUCUCCAAAGGACAGCAGCCCUCUCUGGAGGCCCUGGUAGUCGGGGGAGUCCUCACUGCACGGACCUGUGACAGUCCAGAGGAAGGAUCUGACUGCAUCUGAUAGUCCAGCUCUGAUCCUCUCUCCUGUAGGGAAUUUUGUUUCCCCCCGUGUUUUAUUUAUGUAUGAGAGAAUGCCAUGCUUUUGACUUUUUUUGGGAUCCUCUGGCAAAAGUUGAGGUGUUCUGUUUAGUGUUGAAGUUGUGUAGGCACUGGUGCAGUGCUGCCCGGGCAGGGGCAACGUCUUCAGAAUGAAGGAGGGAGUUUGUAAAUGUUACAGCUGUGAUGGACAGGAAUUGCUGUAGGAGAUUUUCUCUAAUAUUCCCAGUAAGAGCCAUCAGCUCUGCUCUGGCUUGACUGACAACUCUGGUUGGCUCAGUCACUCUGGAGGAUAAAUUUAUUCCCUUUGGUUCAUGCACGCUUGGUUAAAAUAUUUCCCUCUGUUUGCUUAUCGGUUGUGCGGCGUCAAAAACGGGUUUGGUUUUGGUUUGGAUUUCCCCCCCAUAGCCCUUUCAUAGUCCUGUAUAUACAGUGUGAGGGAUGACCAGGAGUUAGGAAAAUAUGUGGAAUAUUUCUACUAUUUGAUGCUUUUUUCAAUUUAGAAAAAGAGUAUGUUAUUGCUUUAUGUUAAAGAAAAGUAGUAGGUAACAGGCUUGAUUUGUCAAUGUUAUACAUUUUGGGUGUAAGCUAUGCUUUUUUUAGCAUUUUCAUUAUAAUAAUGAUUUUUAUCUGUAUUGAGUGGUUGAAUUCCUGGUGGAUGGUGUUUUUCCCAGUGUUGGGGCUGCCCUACGGCUCACCUGCAUACUGUGUAUGCGUCUCUGUGUGUGUAGAGAGAAAUAAAAUGCAUUUGUGUGCAA